UACAAGUCACUAUUUACAAAAAUUGCUGAUGCAGCCGACGAAUUCCAGCGACACAAAAAAUGAUGGAGUGCAACGAGGCAGUUGAGCGUCAGAAGCUGGUAUCCCACGAUACAGAGACGGAUGAUAUGCCCAGCAGUGCCCCAAAGUCCUCAAUUCAGACGCCCAUCUCACCCGUUCUCAGCAGCAAGGUCUUCUCCAGUGGCGGAGACAGUCGCAGCCAAUCAUCGUCAUUGGGUAAAGGACAUCCGGAGAAUGUAGCUGCCCAGCAAUCGUCCGCAAAGCUCACAUUUGUCAAUGAGCGAAAGCUCGAAUCAAUUGCCAAGGCGAAAGCCAAGAAAAUUCACAGAGAUCUUCCGUCACCCAAAACUGUCCAGGCGCCAACACAUCCAGUUCAUAGUUCAAACUUUUCUUUUGCUGAUCGCCCUCUGAAACAUCAUUCAUUUAUCUCAGAUGAUGGCGACGUCCGGAACAUGGAGAGGGCUCUCUUGGGUCUCCUUGAGGAUUUCCAUUCCGGGAAACUACGUGCUUUUGGUUCUGGGUGCACAAUGGAACAGAUGACUGAUAUUCGGGAACAACAGGAGUGGUUGGCGAAGCUACAUUUUGAAUUGGGCGCCGGUGAUGACCCAACUGAUGGUUCCCAAUCGGAAGCUAAUGCUCAGCAGAAAAUGUCCCAGCUCGUCAAUAAACUAGAAAAUUUGUCUGUAUCCAUAGAGAAAUUGCAAUCAAGUAACUCGCAAUUGUGAUAUUUGCCUUUUGUGAGGCUCCUUCAAUAAAAGACAACAAUUUUAUUCAA